AUGAGCUUGUCGCAGCGGUCGGGUCCGCGGAGCGCCCGCCAGAAGCUGACCGCCGCGGCAGGCAGCCGUGCCUUCAAUGCCCACCGUCACGACGGAUGUUUGUUUCAAGCUCACGGGAGGGUGACUGUGUCGCUGACAGGGAAGAGUUCCGUGCCAGAGCUUCCUGACUCGGUUCAUCAGGGGGAUCCAAAUCGCUUUGAUUCUGAUGACAGAAAUACAUCGGAGAUGAAGAGGCGCGUGGAGAGACGGUGGGUGCGCUGUGCAGUCCUUUGCAACGAACAAAAAGGAUUUGCAGAAGAAGAUGGCAUGCACCUUCGGUUGCACCUUGCUGCAGGCCUUUGUCUGGUUGGCUGUACCCUUGGGCCAUCGAAGGCAGGCACGCUGCCUGUUGAGUGGUGGAAGCAAAACGCCGGCCGCGUCAACGUGGCAUGCGAUGGGCACCUAUGCCUUCGCCGCAGCAGGCAGGCCCGGCUGAAAUGGCUGAAGGACCCGAAGAUCACCGCUAUCGAGGUCGACGUCGCUAUGGGAUACUUAACAGGACCGAGCGGAAGCGGAACCGCUCUCGUCCCUGUCAUGGCGCACCCGCCUGUCCUCACUUCCGACCUUUCCUUCGAGACAUUUCUUGAUGAAGUCAUUCGUGACGGCCGACGUCAUGUUAAGUUCGACUUCAAGGACCUGGAGGCUGUGCAGCUCUGCUUGCCGCUGCUGGCAGAGCACAGCGAGAAGCUGGCUGCGAAUGGCCAGGCCGUGUGGCUGAAUGCAGAUGUACUUCCGGGCCCAGGACUUCGGGGUUGGCGUUGCGCUGUUCCUGCCGACGCCUUCUUCGAAGCCGCGCAACGCCACUGCCCAGGCGCGCACCUGAGCCUCGGCUGGAAAGCGAAUCCCGUGGGUCUGGAAUCCUACACAGAGGCCGACUGCAAGGCAAUGGCGGAGCUUUUCAGACGGCACCGCCGGUCGGCGAAAGGCGGGAUCGUCUUUGCUGUGGCGGCGCGCGCCGCCUCCAAAAACCUGGAGCCUUUGGUUGCGCUGCUGUCCCAGGUGCCUGGAAGCCAACUGCUGUUCUGGACAGGCACCUGGGAGCCACCGAUCCUUGCCGCUACAAAGGGCCGCUUGCGUGAGGCCUUCGCGGCGCUGGGUUUGGGGUCGCGCUGCGGCUUCGACGUGCGCACCGUCGACCCUCCCAGGCUAUUCUUGAAGUGGAUGGCGGGAGUGACUGAACUCGUCACGGGCAUCAGCAACACCAUCGCCAGGGCAUUGGCCCCCCAGCUUGUAGCAAUUCAGUAA